AUGUUGUUCUUUCUUUCAAUAUUUAUCGCUCAAAUUUUUGUCCCUCCGACUACACCACCGCCUUACCAACCCGGCGACGGUAGCUAUGAGAAAUUCACGACCGAACCGAAAGGACCAAUAUUUUCUGAAAAAUACGAUAGAUCGAGUACACCGAUCAACGAGAAGGGACAAAUUUUUAUGGAAAGGAGAACAGAGCACAGUGAAGAUGGUGAUGAAAAAACUGCAAAGAUUUAG